AUGGUGGCCAACGGUACGCGCAAGGCGCCAGGCACCAGGCAGGGCCUGGUCCACGCCCGCGCCUACGACGGCAUAUUCAGCGACAAGGAGAAGAAGCCCGCGACCUUCAAACUCAAGAAAACCAACGUCAAGCAGACCCAGCCGGGCAACUGGAAGGAAAGCGAGAUAACCGACUCUACCGGCAAGAAGAUUGAACCUCCGUCCGCACCUUCGUCCCCUCUUGUCAAUCAGCUUGACGAGAAGACCACCGCUGCUUUCCCGACGAACCGCCCCCUAGACGAUCAACUUGAUACCGUACAAUGCCGCCACUGUCGCCGCCCCGUGCUGCGCACUGCGGCGAAAGACCACAUAAGGGAGUGUCUGGACAAGAAACAGGCGAAGCUCAAAAAGAAGAAAGAGGCCAAGGAGGCCAAAGAAGCAGCUAUUCGGCGUGAGAAGGGUAUCGAGGACGAUGACGACGGCCCGCCUAAGAAUGCGCGCAAGAGCUCUAAGGGGGCGCUGGAUGGCGAAGGCGCCAAGAAGAGCAAGAAGCGCAAGGCAGACGGCGACGCGGAGAAGGCACCGGCCAAGAAGAAGAAAAAGGACGAGCCUAAGGCGAAGGUACCGAAGCCCAAGGGCCCCGUCGACGUGGAGAAGCAAUGCGGUGUCCUGCUACCGAACGGCUCCAUGUGCGCGAGAAGCUUGACAUGCAAGUCCCACUCCAUGGGCGCCAAGCGCGCUGUUCCCGGACGCAGUCUGCCUUACGACAUGCUGCUGGCGCAGUACCAGAAGAAGAACCAGGCCAAACAGCAGCGCGCUGCCAUCGACGCCAACGCACCGCUCGCCGACGACUUCGACAACCAUGGCCCGAUCGACUCGGACGAGGAAAAGGACGCCAUCAUGGCUGCCAUUGCGCGCUCACGACCCACACCACUCGUCUCCCGCCCGCUCGUAUCUAUGCAGAGUAAGUACCGCAACAUCCGCAUCAAGGAAAUGCUCCAGAACGCCAUGGGUGGCACCCGUGGCGCCGGACUCUUCUCCACCGGCCUCCCGCCCGCGAACCUCCCGCCGCACUCGGCCGCCACCGCCGACGGCACCAGCAUGGGCGCGCCGCGUGCUCCUGCGACCAACUUCCUGAGCGGCAUCUUCGGACCUGCUGAUUCAGGCUCCGCAUUUGCUGGUUUCAUGAGCGGAGCGGCGGGCGGCGACGGCAUGAGCGUUGAUGGAAGCGGUGCCGGACUAGCAGCCAGGAGACAGGCGAGCAUCGGCGGCCAUGGUCCGAGACAGAUAUUGCCAGGGCAGCUACCAGGUCCGCCUAGUAGGAAACAGAGCGUCAGCGGCGUGGGUGCCUGA